AUGUAUUAUAUCCUCUACCUAACCAGCCUUUGCCGGCGCCGCAACUGGCCCGAACCAAUCUACAACGCAUACAUAAGUAGCAGUGGAUACACCUGCACCGUGCGUGUCAAUAACCGCGAGUACCAAACCGACAGCAUCUGCAGCAACGAGACUCUCGCACGCGAGAGCGCCGCUAUGCGUGCCUACCUUAUCUGUCGCAACUUCUCCGUCAAUGAUGGCAGGUACCCUGCGGGUCAUGAGCACGGCGGCGCUGUGCAGGGCAUGCGUGCUGCCAUUGGCGCAGGACGAAAGACUGUUCGUGAGGAUGAUGUGCUUUCAUUCGGGUCUGGGAGCAGGAGUGCUAGUGGGAGUGGUAGUUCACAGGGCGGAAGUUGGAGUGGGGGAAGUAGUCCCGUUAGGAUUGGGAACGAGGGGGAUGAUAGGGGUGGAUUUGGAGGGAGGAUUUGA